AUGCGGAGACUGUCGUAUCUUCGCAAAGCCGCGGUUGUUGCACUGGCAAUUUGCACUCUUGUUUGGUUUGUUCCACAACAUUACAACGAAUAUCAACCGCCGCUGGAGAUCAUCGCCGAGUUCAAGAAACUCACAGAGAGGGACGGCCGGUGGCCAGCGCUAGGCUCGUCUCCGUUCGCCAAUUUUGGUAUCAAGCAAGGCAGAUUUAUCUCGGGAACCUCCCUAGAUUGGAAUCAAUUUCGUUCUCUGAGGCUGCAGGAUAAGUGUCGUUGGUACUUUGACACAGCAUAUCGCACGGACGCACACUGGACAAAUGACGAAGUGCGCGAGCGGUAUGACGAAGAUAGGCUGGACAAUGCCAGACUGUCCCAUGUCGUGGAACGGCUGCGAAUGUACGAUGCGUGUUUUGUGGAGGGAAAGCUGAGUCUCGAUGAGGUGCUGGGGCCCAAGCGAAGUCGUCGGGACUUCCACCACCGGAUGUUCCCCUUUUUCAAGGAGUUUCGAGACCUGGAUGAAUUGUGGCCGCAAAUCACUUUUCUCAAUACGCAGACCCCAAUCCCAACGGCCAGAAAUCCUAACUGGGGUCCAGAACACCGAGCAGUCUUUGAACUAGACCACUCAAAGACGUUCUGGGACAACUGGGCUUCAUUUUCCUCAGGAAAAGGCCUGGUCCUAACCCUGGGUGAGCGACAUAAGGAUAUUUUUCUCCGGCUGCUGAGCGUUUUAGACCAUUUGGGCAACACUCUGCCGAUCCAGCUAGUGCAGCAAGGCGACGAACUUUCCCAAGAAUUCCUAGAUGAUGUCACGGCGUUCUUGCAGGGCAGCAACCAACGAGUUUAUCACGUCAAUUGCCAGCCAUUGUUCAACAUAUACUAUACGGGUAGGCUGACGUACUUCGUGAACAAAUGGCUAGCCUCUAUCUUCAACACAUUUUCGGAAGUCAUCUUGCUGGACGCCGACAUUAUCCCGUUCACGUCGUUGGCCGGGUUUUUCGAGCCCUCUGCUUACCAGAAGACUGGCAUAUUCCUCUUCAAAGACCGCGACUUGGUCGAAGAGCACACAUUCGACUACUGCAUAGAGAUGUUCAAGUUUCUGGAGCCCUCGGCACAGGCGGUCAUGCUGAUGGAUUUCCACAUGAUUGCCAACACAUCGGCCAUUACUCCCGAAACGUCGAUUUUUGCCAACUCCGAGGAGAAGGUCUUUCAUCGGUUUUUUCACCAGAAGCUCGUCCACAACGUUGACAGCGGCCUGGUUGUAAUGAACAAAACCAAAAUGCUGUCCAGUUUGAUUAUGGCAUUUUUCAUGAACCUUGAUUCCAAGAUCAGCGGCUGUGUCUACGGCGACAAAGAACUCUUUUGGCUUGCGCCGCUGUUCAAUGGCAAGAACUACACAAUUCACCCCAUGGACGGGGCAGCCAUCGGAAGCGUUCAAACUGACCAUACCUCGGCCGACGGUGGGGCCUCGAAAUAUCAGAUCUGCUCCACACAAAUGGGUCAUGUUAGCGAAAACCAAGAGCUGCUGUGGACCAACGGUGGACUGAAAACGUGUAAAGUCUUGAAUGCCGCACAGCGAGACUUCGACGACAAGCCAGCCUAUUUCGAGCCCCGGUACGGAAAUGCCCAAAUGUUGCAAAGUUUGUACGAAAAGCCGUUGAGCGUCGAAGGCUUCAUUAUCCCCGACACUAGCUCGGAUCCCUGGUUCAAAGCAAACGAAUGCUGCGAGUAUGCUUACUGUGCAGCCGUCAGGACGCAAGGCGGAGCCAAAGGGGAAAUGGCGAUCUUUGAUGAAAACACUGCCGGCUACUUAAACGAGAUAUCUCACGUAUGGAAUCGUCAGGGCAGCUCUCAACCCGGCGCGUAG